AGGAUUUCGGGGGCAAAUUCCGCUUAAAAAACGGUGCGUAUUUGGAUCCGUAUUUGGAAGGAAGGUUUUGGCGUACAAAGACGGUAUUUGACCCCCUCAAAAUACCGGCUUACCAUAGCAGUGUAUAUCCGGUGCUCUUUCAUCUUGUAUGCUCAUUCUGUCUACUAUGUUAGGCACACGUCGCGAUCAUGAUGAUCGCAGACACUCACGAUAAUAUCAACAUCGUUUCCCAGCUAUCACCAAGUGAAAAACCGGAUCUGACGCGAAGUAUUCUUGAGGCAGAACAAUCCAAGAAGCGGAAACGUGAUGAGAGCAGGAAAAUGGCUACAUAUCAUGAAAACUCGAUCAGCGCGCUCAAGGAGGCAGGUUGCAAAGAAGCCAUUCAAGUUCCAUUGCAACGGAAGUACUCUGGCCGAAAGCCGAUCAUAUCUAACUCUCUUGCAAACACUCCCUGCGCCAGCCUAGGGGCUGACGAGGUCCUCCAUCGUCUCAAUACCCUCCUUGGAACACCGUACACGCUAACCACAUCCUUAUCCUCACUUUUGCAAUCCUGCAUCUCAGCCAAUUACGAUUUUGGUACUGCAUACAGUCGCCUCCGCCCGGGAUGGUUUACUGACUUGAUGACCAUCAAAGCUGUCCAACUCAAACUUGAAGCGGAGGACCAAGAAACGCGAAAGCAUGUAUCCACUAAUAAUCAAAUUCGAGUUGCCAUGCCGCCACGGCGCGUUUGGGAUCUGUACAGCAACCGCAUAGUGCUGUACUGCUUCAUCCUGGAGGAGCCAUGGGCAGUUGAGCAUGAUUGGGAGGAUGAGAAGGACCUUGUUAGCGUGACGACUCCUAUCAAUGCAGGCGAAUGGCCCGUACCGAUACCAAAGGACACGAACCUAAACUUUAUCCGGAUUGAGCUACUCAAUCUGGGCGCGGAGUAUGUAUGGCUGGAUACUCUCUGCUUGAGACAGAAAGGCGGGAAGAGGGAAGAUCUGCGCAAGGAAGAGUGGAUCUCUGAUGGGUCUACUAUCGGAAACGUCUUUCGAUGGUCUGAAGUGGUGGUACACUAUUUGAAUGGGCUAGGGAAGGUCUCCGAUCGGACGUCUUUGAAGAGACGUCACCUCGACAUCUGUGAUCGCUCCUGGUUUCAUUGUGCAUGGACGUUACCAGAGGUCAACAAUCAUGACGUUGUUGCUGGUUAUGUCCCGACGGAUACUGAGCAGACUGAGCAGCUGGAGGUCGAAUUGACCAACUCUCAGAAGCCACUUGCCGGGUAUAUGAAUGAUGGCCUGCAGGAUGCUGAGCAGACUGAAGAGGAAAGCAGAGUUCGCGGUGUUAAUCUGUUUGCCAUGCUGGCAAGCAUGCAGAACCGAGUGUCGAUCAAUCCUGUGGAUAAAAUUGCAGGACUGAUAUACCCUCUACGCUCGCAUACCAUACCAACAUACUAUGAGUCGGAGUCACUUGAGGAAGCUUGGACAACACUGGUGAAUACCAUACAUGCCAUGCAUCGGGGACAAUUACUCGCGUAUCCUGAACCGGGGGAUGCAGGUACAAAAUGGAGACCAUCAUGGGACCAGGUCAUGGCAAAGCCUUUGCCAGUGGAUAGGUUCCAUCCUUUAAGUGUUUAUCAGGAUGAGGAGAUGGAUGAAGACUUUUGUGAUGAAUUUUGCAUUGAAAAGGUGUACGUACGAGGAUUGGCCAUGGUGGAAGGAUUCCGACAUGGAGAGUUAAUCGCUAAAGACACAGCUGGGAUAGAAUAUGUAUUCAAUGGCAUCACUGCCUCCCACAGGUAUCCGAUACCCGAGGACACAUACACGCUACUCAUUCCCUCUCACCACACCAUUCAAUCGCCGCUAUAUUGUGUUGCCGGGAAACGACUGCCAGGGAAGAGAUUUGUGAAAGUGUCGGUGUUCGAAAUGCCCGACUCAGAGGAAGUAAAGAGGCUGGAGGAAUUGGGCAUUGCUGUAAAGGAUCGUCAUAUUCUCGUUUGAUAUAUACGCAAAAACAUCUGAUCAUUUCGGAGUUCGGAGGAACUGACACUGGCCCGCAGUGCGCGCU